UCUUUAUAUCUUUAGUCUUCAUAGCGGGGAACGAUUCUCGAAAACGGCGUCUUCAUUUCAGUAUGCCCUUGUUACUUGUAGCAAACAAAAGUGUGUAGACUGUUUUUAUAUGAUAAUCUUGGCUACAUGUGCAAUUGUGCAUGUAGUUGUGCACCAGUGAGGAGGAGGGUAAGGUAUACGGCCUAAAGCGCCACAUAGACAAAGGGGACAUGGCUCAGUCCAAACCAAAGCUGUUACAGUACUACAUCAGAGACUCAGUGGUCCCAUUCGAAGAGGACAUGUAUCAUGAGUUCAAAGGUCACAGGAAUUUGUCAGUGGAAGAAUUACCUCCAUGGACCAAAGAAACAAAUAAAGACAGAGCAUCCAGAAGGGCUGUAUCUAGGGCUCUGAAUGGGUUUAUCAACACAGGAAAAGGCGGGACAACUUAUCUUGGUAUUAUAGAUUCAGGAUGUGUCCGUGGUCUGACAUUGACCCAAUACCAGAAAGACCACGUGGUAGGGAGUUUGGAUGACUUAAUGUCACGGUACACCCCUCAUGUGGCCCCUCACAGGUACAAAGUCAAGUUUGUCCCUGUGGUACAGGAAGAUUGCACAGAAGAAGAGAGAUAUCUGCAAUGUGUGUCUGACCUGGGAGAGGGUUAUGGGUUGGAGGAGAGGAAACGCCCACAUCAUUUUCGUACUCAUCUCUACUGCUGGUGUGAUAAAGAGUCAUUCUCUCAGUACAGCUGUGGAACACUUGCCACAGACUAUGUAGUAGAAAUCACCAUCAAGCCCUGGGAUCCCUCAGACCCUAGGAAUGCAGACGUAUCCUGUGGAACACUUGUCAGUAUGCAUCCAUUCCACGCAGACGAGGAAGGGAUGGUGUAUUUCAGAAGACAAGCCAGCUUAAUACAGUACAGCAUGAUAGAGGUAGCCCAUUUGACCAGACAAGAAACCGAAAAACAGUGUCAGCUGGAGGUACUAAGACUUGAGAACGAAAUAAAAGAGCUACAGAAGAAAUUACGAAAGAAUGAGGGCUCUGACAAUUAAAGACAGCAUUCAUAUUUUCUCAUUGUUUGAUUGCUUAACUUGUUUCUUAUUUUUGCCUGUUUUAUUACUUUUUAAAAAAUAAAUUCAAAUAUAAGGAAAA